AUGGAGGGCACUUCAAAAGAUGAUCUGUUCAUCGUCGACGACGAAUCGAAGGAUGAAAAGGCGACAGAUGCCACGCCGAUAAAACAAAGCGGAGGCAACAACAAUGACGACUACGAGGCCCUCAUGGCGGCCCUGGAAGCCAACAGGGGGUGGCUGCAAGCCAAGGUCUCCAUCAACAACGCGCUCGCCACGGACGCCACCACGCAAACACCACCACGGCACGGCGACUUCUUCCGCGUUGGCGAGUGUGAGGGCCAGAAGACCAUCGACGGCGAGCGAAUGCCGCUGGUCCCGAACCCGGCGACGACGCACAAAGACCACGAGGCUCUCGUGGCCGCGCUGAGGGCCAGCAGGGAGUGGCUGGAGGGCAAGGUCAUCGCCAGCAGCGCCGUCCUGCUGCGUGGCUUUGACGUCCGCGACGCCAUGGAGUUCGACGCCGUCGUGGAGGCCAUGGGGUGGCCGGACAUCCGGUACGUCGGCCCGGCGCCGCGCACCCACGUCCACGGCCGCGUCUGGACCGCCAACGAGGGACCACUCGAGCAGUUCGUCUACUUCCAUCACGAGAUGGUGCUGAUCAAGGAGUUUCCAGAGAAGGUGAUACUGUUCUGCGAGGAGUUCCCGGAGAUGGUGGAGGAGCUGGACGCCAAGGGGCUGCGGUACACGCUCACGGCGCUGAGCAAGUACGACAACAGAUCCAUGCGGGGGCGGGGGUGGGAGGACGCUUUUGGCACCUCUGACAAGCCCGAGGCAGAGAACAGAGCGAAAGCACUGGGCAUGGACCUUGAAUGGCUCCCGGACGGCAGCGCCAAGACGAUCCUGGGGCCGCGCACGCUGACGCGGGUCUUCCCGGGCCGCAGGGGCCGCAGGAUGUGGUUCAACACGGUUGUGGGGAUGCACGGCAAGGAGGUGAGCUCUGCCACGGCGGCGGACGGCAGCGAGAUCCCGGCGAGCUUUGUGCAGCGGAUCGGAGAGAUCAUCGAGGAGGAGAGCAUCCAGUUCCGGUGGCGCAGGGGCGACAUCCUCAUCCUCGACAACCUCGCCACGCUCCACGCGCGCCGGCCGUCGUUGCCGCCCAGGAGGAUCCUCGUCGCAACGUGCAAGUGA